AUGCGCGAGGCCGAUAAAAUCAAACACAUAGAAGAGCUUAAAAGUGUGUCAAGAAGUUGUCGUCCCGAUCUUCACAACGCCGAGCUUACUUCAGAAGCCUCACGCGAAGAGAUUUCGCGUCUUGUAAAUGCUUAUAUGAAGAAAGAUGAACGGCUUUCUAAAGUCAAAAAAUUUCUCAAACAGCAAACCGAAAUACAGUUGUUAAGACAGCAACUGGAUGAAGUCAUACAAGAAAAGGAUUUGGAAAAGCACAGUGACUCUCAGUUUCGGGAGAUACAUUCUCUGACAUCCUCCGUUGUGCCUCCCCUCCUGCCUUAUUCUAUGAAUGCAAAAGAAUGGACAGUGGCUAUCGGAACCUCUGACUGUCCAGACAUGGAUCUAGCAAGACAGCAUGCUUUAAUGUUGCAAAUCUUUGAGAGAAACUGUAUGAAUUACAAUCUUCGUGAGCAAGACCUUCAAAGGAAAUUAGACGAGAAAAAGCUUGAGUGUGAGAUUUUGCACCGAGAGCAUGAUAAGCUUUUGGUAGAACUUGCCAGUGUUAUAGUAAGGCAAUUAAUUGAGCAAACACUGAAUAGAGCUGCUCAAUAUUAUCAGGAUUUGGCAAACCAAGCAGCUGUGAAUCAUAACACACAGUCUCGAUAA